CAUUACAUAUAUUCCAAAAUGGAAGGAUGUGAAAAUGCUCACAGGUUUAUAAAAUCACUGCCUGACUCUUUAGUAAUACACAUAAAAUGUUACAGAAUUAUUUAGUUUCGGGGACGAUCGCCUGUAAAUGUUAUAUUUGAAACAAUAAUGGAACAGAAGAAUCUAAAAGACAUAAAGUCAAAAUCUACAAGGGCUGCUGUUGCAGCAAUUGAUUUUGGAACCACUUACUCAGGAUUUGCUUUUUCGUGGAAAUUUGACUGGAGUAAAGUACAAGUCAUUGAAAAUUGCAGUGGAAAUUUUCUGUCGAUGAAAGUUCCUACCUCUUUGCUUUUGAACCCAAAUAAAACAUUCGCAGCUUUUGGUUUACAGGCCGACACAUAUUAUACUGAAAUGGCCGAAAAAAAUGAUUCAGAUUCAGAUUCAGAUUCAGAGAACAACGGAGAGAAAAAACCAAAUGAAGAUUAUAAGAAAUAUUAUUACUUCCACAGAUUUAAGAUGUUGCUUCAUGAGAAUAAGAAACUGCACCGAAAUUUAAUGAUCAAAGAUGUCACCGGGAAAGAGAUGAAAGCAAUGGAUGUUUUUUCCAUUUGUAUUAAAUAUUUGAAGAAUUCCAUGUUAUCUGAGAUGAACUUACAACUUGCAGAGGGUCAAAUCAUUGAAAAUGAUAUUGACUUUGUGUUAACAGUUCCUGCAAUAUGGGGAGAUGAAGCAAAACUGUUCAUGCGUGAAGCAGCAAUAAAAGCUGGUAUAAAAACAAACCAACUAACUCUUGCCUUGGAGCCAGAGGCCGCUUCAAUUUACUGUCAACACAUGUAUCUAGUAGACAAGAAGGAUGGGUCUUCUAACGAGGAUGAUACAUUCAAAAGAUCAGUAGAAAGGGGACAAAAAUAUAUGGUAGUUGAUCUAGGAGGUGGUACUGCUGAUAUCACAGUUCAUAAAAGAACUGUAGAUGGAACCUUGGAGGAGUUGUAUCCUGCCACUGGGGGGCCUUUAGGGGGGACUUCGGUGGAUAGCGAGUAUGAAAAGAUUUUUGAAGAAAUUGCGGGUAAAGAUAUUCUGAAAUCAUUUGCAAAAGAAAGCAUGGAGGAUUAUUUGGCUAUGUUAAGAGACUUUGAAGCAAAAAAACGUGACAGUUCGGGUGCAAACAAAAGCGAAAGUUCGGGUGCAAACAAAAGUGACGGUCCGGCACAAGAACCAAAAGUUAGAAUAGUUAUUCCAUUGAAAUUAGAUAAGUAUAUCAAGGAGAAAAUACCAGGUGGUAUAUCUAAGGCUCUUCAGAUGUCAAAUUAUAAAGGAAGCAUUACCUAUAACAACUACAAAUUGUGUUUAAAAUUGCCAAUAUUUCAAAACCUUUUCCAGAAUGCAAUAGAUGGUAUCAUAAAGUGUGUUGCAAAGGUAUUAGCUAACAAGGAUUUUGACGAUGUCACAAAUAUAAUUAUGGUCGGCGGGUUUUCAGACUGUAAGUUUGUUCAAGCGGCCCUUCGAGAAAAAUUCAAGACACGUGAUUUUAUCAUACCUGCCGAUGCUGGACUUGCUAUCCUAAAAGGCGCUGUAUAUUUUGGUCAUCUUCCAAAUGCAAUUUCGCGGCGUGCCGCGCGCUAUACAUAUGGAAUUCAAAUUUGUCGAAAAUUCAAGCCUGGAGAGGACCCAGAACACAAAAAAAUUACGGUUGGAGGAAUGGAGCGAUGCAAAGACGUUCUGCACCCCUUAGUAAAACGUGGAGAACGAAUUGAACCUGGCUGUGAAUACCCUGUUGUGUGUCAUUCAUUAAAACCCAGUCAAGGAAAAAUAGAGUGUGGAAUAUACGUAUCGAAGGAGGUAAAUCCUAAAUUUGUGGACGAAGAAGGCUGUCGACUACUUUGCAAAGUCUCAGUCCAGUUACCACCAGGCGUAAAUAAUGCCGAGAUAGAGGAAAUCAUUACUUUUGGUGAAACAGAAAUAACGUUUCGUGCCAGACAACUUGAAACAGGUCGCUUAUUUGAAACCACAUUCGACAUGCUUGAUGAAAACAGUAAUUCGAAGAAAUAAGCA